AAAUGGAAAGUUAAACUGCAUGAAACACUGAUAAACAAGAUAUCUGAAAAUGGAGGCCGCUAUUGCACACGAAGAGUCAUAUGCUGUGGCGUUAUCGGUGGCCCAAGUGGGGUUUGAAGUGCCUAUUGUCAGAAUAAGAAAAAGGUUCCUUGGGAUGGAACUGAUGAAGAGAAGUGUUCAAGUGUGCAAAUCAAAGGGCCCUCUGUGUUAACGUAUCUGUGAAUGCGCAUGUGCCUGCAGCACCUGAAGGCAGCUUCUCGUAACGUAGCUAGAUGUUAAGAAGUGUUGACGACUCUGUUGGCCCUAGGAGAGGAAUCGAUGAAUCAAAGGUUGACGUGUGAUAUCCGUGUACAUAUACGAUACUUAGGCGUUUGUAGGGUUAAACCGAUUUGAAUAGAUGUCAGUGGUUAGGAAGAAACUGUCGCGUGUCAGACCGCUUCAUACCGUUCAGAUGUGCACCAGUUUUAGAUGAUCCACAUCAGUCAUGAUUUGUGAUGCUGAUGAUUCUGAUGAAAAGGAGAAGCUGACGCUUUAUCUGGCAGACUCCCGACAUGAUUCUCAGGAUCUGCCACAGCAGGCUCAGCAUGGGCCAGGCCAUGUACAAAACGAUGCUGCCUCUCAGCAUCCGUGGCUGCCUCCCCGCGCGCCUCACCCGAGUGCUCCCUCUGGACGCAUGUCUGCGGAAGACGGGCGUUUUGUGAUAGAUAAUCCCAAUUUUUGCUAUGAGAUGGACGUAGCUCCAUGCGACGAAUGCACCGACGGCCGGGCGCCAGAAGAUGCCCAGCUUCUCGAUCAUCAUCUGCACCCUGCAGGGGGUCGUUUGGGGCAUCCUUGCUCUUGUAAUCACAUUGAUCGAGACUCCGAAGAUGAAAGCUAUGCAGAGGCAGCCAGAACCUUCCAGGUGGAUUCUUUGCACCACCAGAUGUCUCCUAAUAAUGUCUUCCCACAUGGUAGCAGUGAACAUCUUCUCUGCGAAGUUUCUGAAUCAGAUUAUGCUGAAACUGGCGUUCACGAUCCGUCCUCUUACUACCAUCCAAAUGUAGUCGAUGACCCACUCGGAGCUGCAGGUCACAGGAAUAGUGUACUAGAAGAAUCUUCCGAUGAAGAACCCUACCACCCAUCUUUUGAAAAUGCCCACGUCCAAGCUGGUAGUUAUUUGCUAUCCCUUGAUAAGGAAGCAGGAAAGAAGUCAGCAUACACUACCAAUGGUUUAGAGAGGAAAGGGGCCGAGCCUGAAGAAGAUGCAGUUUGCUUUUUGCAAUGUGACCAUUAUAAGUCAACUAAAAACCUCUUGUCUGAUAGCAGGAGCUUACCUAGUAGUGAUUCCCAAGUUCCCCAUCCCGAAUCAGCUUCUCUUCUGACUGAAUGCUUAUCACAGACACCUGACAGUUUACCUGAUGAUGCAUAUCACAGGCCAGAUGAUGCCAGCCUUUGGCAACAUCACCAGGAAGCUGCAGCUGCUCUUGGUCACCAGGAAGACCGUUGCUUGGGUCGCAUGCAGGAUGAGGUUGACGCUUCCCUAGCUGGCCUGGAGGUCGUGACUUGCGAAGGAAUUGACAAUGGUGCCCUUGAGCAUACUGAUGAAGCGCAGGCACAUGCAGGGGCACUUGAUGACAACAUAAAGGCUCAGAUCUCAAGUACACUAGCCAGGAUUGAUAAUACCCGGGCACAGUUCAACCAACAGAGACGCCCCUUUGGUAAUGGUAUUCCAGCAACAUCUGGAUCUUCUGCCUCCUCACCUUGCGAACAAGUUAAACCUCCUUUCACCUACAGAAGGACCUUUGUGCUUAGUAGGCAGUCAUUCACAGAGUCCCUGAGAGCAAAGAUGGCCCCAGUAAAGGACUAUGUCUUUGGCGAGAAUCGUAAUAGCUAUGUUCACGAUGAGCAGGGCCCAGACGAGGGGGCUCCACUAGCCAGGCAGGAAACCAUGAUGGAAAGUGUCAGAGAAUACGAUGACAUCAGUGUGACAACUCUCUUGACCCUGGAUACCUCGACCCCAACCAGGACUCGAUCCCAGAGAUCGCUCAAAUCCCAGCGGUCUCAGAAAUCGCAACAGUCUCAGCGGUCACAGAAAUCUCAGAAAUCGCAAAAGUCUCAGAAAUCUCAGAAGUCACGGAGGUCCUGGGUGAGUGUGGUAUCCAGAGGGUCAAAAUUGUCCUCUCCUGUCACCUGCCUAGAACCUCUGAACCCUGGAGAAGCUUCCAACCGUUCAGACGAUGAUUCGGGAGGAGGCGGCAGCGAGGGCGACGGGGGAGGCGGCCUGGGCGCCGGGGGCGUGCUGGGCACGGGCGCGAGUGGGCAGGACGUGCGGACGGUGUACCUGAACGAGCCCCAGCCCCACAAGUACUGCUCGAAUGCCGUCUGCACCGCCAAGUACCGCUUCAAGCUUCUCUUCUUCCUGCCCAUGUUUCUCUUCGAGCAGUUCCGGCGCUAUGCCAACGUCUUCUUCCUCAUCAUCGCCCUUCUGCAGCAAAUUCCUGGUGUAUCUCCAACGGGUCGCUACACAACAUUGGUCCCUCUUAUUUGCAUCCUUGUGGUGUCAGCUAUAAAGGAAAUUGCUGAAGACAUUAAACGUCAUCGUGCAGAUGAUGAGCUGAAUAAAAGAGAAAUAGAAGUCAUGAAGGAUGGACAGUGGCAGUGGAUCAAGUGGAGACACAUACAAGUUGGGGAUAUUGUUAAAGUCCGUAACAACAAAUUUUUCCCAGCUGAUCUUGUCAUCUUAGCCUCCAGUGAACCACAAGCUCUGUGCUAUGUGGAGACUGCAAACCUAGAUGGGGAGACAAAUCUCAAGAUUCGUCAGGGGCUACCACAAACUGCCCACUUCUUAGAGGCUCGAGACUUAAUGAAUCUCUCUGGAAAGGUGGAAUGUGAGGCCCCCAAUAGAUAUCUCUAUCAGUUUACUGGCAAUCUCAAGGAAACUGGCCGCCAGGCUGUCCCACUGAGUCCAGACCACAUCCUGUUACGUGGUGCUAAGCUACAAAAUACCAACUGGGUGUUUGGGUUGGUCAUCUAUACUGGACAUGAAACAAAACUCAUGAAGAACUCAGCUACCUCAGCUCCUCUCAAACGAUCAACGGUGGAUAAACAGACAAACAAUCUAAUCAUACUGUUGUUCUUCCUGUUGAUUGUACUCUGUCUCAUCAUGGCUGUUUGCAACUCGCAGUGGACCGCUGAUCGUCACUGGUACCUGUCCCUUGAUGACUUAAGUGUAUUCAACUUCGGCAUUAACUUCAUCACAUUCAUCAUUCUCUUCAACAAUCUCAUCCCCAUUUCACUGCAAGUCACACUUGAAGUUGUCCGUUUUAUUCAGGCUACCUUCAUCAAUAAUGACAUAGAUAUGUACUAUGAGGAAAAUGGCAUAUGGGCUAUGGCUAGAACUUCAAAUCUGAAUGAAGAGUUAGGCAUGAUCAAAUAUGUUCUUUCUGACAAAACGGGCACCCUCACUUGCAACAUAAUGGAAUUCAAGAGAUGUACAAUUGCAGGAAAAGUCUAUAGCAUGGAUGAUCAAAGUGGUCAAGAAUUGGCUGUCUUAGCAGAACAGAACAAUCCUCAGGCCGCCGUUGCACGACAGUUUUUAACAAUGUUGGCAGUUUGUCACACUGUUAUACCAGACAGAGAUGAAGCAGGGGGUGGUGGUAGAAUCAUAUACCAUGCUGCUUCACCAGAUGAACGUGCUUUGGUUGAAGGUGCCCGGCAGUUAGGGUUUGUGUUUGAAACCAGAACUCCUGAGUGUGCUAUCAUCAACGUCUUUGGAAAGCAAGAGAAAUACGAGGUGCUGAAUGUCUUGGAGUUCACUUCAGCAAGAAAAAGAAUGAGUGUUAUUGUGAAAACUCCACAAGGACAGAUCAAGUUAUACUGCAAAGGGGCAGACACAGUCAUUUAUGAACGAUUAGGAGACAGUCAACAGUACAGAGAUAUUACUGUGAGGCACUUAGAAGAGUUUGCUGGUGAAGGUCUGCGUACUCUUUGCUAUGCUUAUGCCGAUAUUUCAAAUGAAUUUUAUGAUGAAUGGAAAAACACUUUUUACAAGGCCAGCACAUCACUGCAGUUUCGUGAGAGAAAAUUAGAGGAUGCAGCUCAACUCAUAGAAAAUAAUCUUACGCUUCUUGGAGCCACUGCCAUUGAAGAUAGACUUCAGGAUGAUGUUCCAGAAACUAUAGCAGCCCUUCUUAAGGCAGGCAUUCACGUGUGGGUUUUAACUGGCGAUAAGCAAGAGACAGCAAUCAAUAUAGGUCAUUCAUGCCAUCUACUUACACAGGGCAUGCCUCUUAUUAUACUUAACACAGAGUCUCUUGAUGAAACUCGGGAAGCUAUUAACCGCCAUGUGGUCGAGUUUGGUGAGCAGCUGAAGCGCGAGAAUGAAGCUGCACUUAUUAUAGAUGGAAAGACGCUUAUCUAUGCUUUGACACCAGAUUUGAGGAAAGACUUCCUUGAUCUUUGCAUAUCCUGUAAAAGUGUUAUAUGUUGCAGAGUAUCUCCAAGUCAAAAAGCUGAAGUGGCAGAACUACUGACAAGAGAAACAGGAGCUGUGACUCUUGCUAUUGGAGAUGGUGCAAAUGACGUUGCCAUGAUCCAAAAAGCUAAUGUAGGAGUAGGAAUUGCAGGCUUAGAAGGUCUUCAAGCUGCAUGUGCAUCAGAUUAUGCUAUUGGCCAGUUCCGAUUUUUGGCCAGACUACUUUUUGUCCAUGGUGCAUGGAAUUACAGUAGACUCUGUAAAGUUAUUUUGUAUAGCUUCUACAAAAAUAUAUGUCUAUAUGUCAUCGAACUAUGGUGGGCAGCGAUGUCUGGUUGGUCUGGUCAGGUGAUAUUUGAACGAUGGAGUAUAGCAAUGUAUAAUGUGAUAUUUACUGCAGCACCACCCAUGGUCAUGGGUAUAUUUGAUCGUUCGUGUAGUGCAGAAACUAGAAUGAAAUAUCCUGAAUUGUACAGAGAGUCACAGAGUGGGGCUCACUUCAACUGGAAGGUAUUUGUGUGGUGGGUGUUCUUAGCCUUAUUCCAUUCCGUAAUGGUAUUUGUGCUGCCAUAUCUAUUUAUGACACAAGAUGUUGCCUGGCACCAUGGCCGGGUGGGAGGUUACCUGAUGGUGGGUAACAUGGUGUAUACAUAUGUAGUUAUAACUGUGUGUCUGAAGGCUGGUUUAGAAACAGAUGCCUGGACUUGGGUAACUCAUGCAGCUAUUUGGGGGUCGAUUGCAUCGUGGUUCGUUUUCUUGUUGGUGUACUCAAACUUCUGGCCCAUACUGCCCAUUGCUCCAGAAAUGUCUGGAAUGUAUCUAGAGGUCUUCUCCUCUCCAGUAUUUUGGUUUGGGCUGAUUCUUGUACCUGUAGCAUGUCUACUUCCAGAUGUAUGUGUUAAAACAAUCAGAAACACGGUACGCAAGAGUUUAACUGAACAAGUGCGUGAGAGUGAAAUCGACAACAGGGAUGUUUCUAAGGUCUUAGACACCAAACAUAGGCUCACAGAAACUGCGAGGCUCCUGAAAAAUGUAUUCCGACGCACUACAACUCGUGUCAACUUAGAAGUAGAGCUAGCACCACAUACCAUACCACAAGUACAACCAUCUUCUUGGAAGCCUCGCUUGAAUCCAGUUGAAGUGCACUCAGCACUCAGGUAUGGGUUCGCCUUCUCUCAGGAGGAACAUGGAGUAAUUGGUCAAUCGGAAGUGAUUCGAGCAUAUGAUACAACCCAACCAAAGCCGGGUGGUAUGUAAGACAUAUCACGAAGUCUUCAGUGACAUUAAUCAUUAAAAUGUUACCUCCUUUAAUAUGACUACAAGGAAUUAGACAUGGAGAAGUUUUUGUAAAACGUGCAGAAUGGAACUUUUGUAGUGUUCAAAAUGCUUCUAGUCGAAAGUCAAGUCCACAUUUCACUUAAAGGUAACGACCUUUUUUUUUUCCUUUGAAUUUUGUAUAUAUUUUUGAAAUGGCCAGUCCUUUAAAAUGUUAGAAUUAUGAAAUUGCUUUAUUUUGCUACUUCAAAAGAUAUACAGUAUACAUAUAAUUUAUUGAUUUGCUUGUUGCUUACGAAGCACCAAUUUUAUUGUCUAUUUGCCUUGUGUUCAGAGACAAUUAUUAUCAAUCAUGUGAUAUUUUGUAAUUCACUCGUUCACAUACAUUGAUCUCAUUGAGAUGUCAUCUCUGGUCACAGUUAACUUUGUGCUUAUUCCUUUAAGCCAGAUACGUAUUACCAUUUUAUUUCUGAAAUAGUUUAUAGAGAACAGCACGCCACAUUAUAUUGUAGACUUGUAAUCUUAUUUUAGGCAGUGUUACUGCGUUACUGAUAAGUGUACAAUAUUAUGUAUAUGUGUAUCAGUAACAGUGAAAAAGUGUGAUAUUUGGUUAAGAUUUUAAGAAUUUUUGUGUGAAAAGAGUUUUGAUUUUUUAAGACUAACACUUUAGAGAAGAUUAUUUUUUUGUUUGUAACUUUUAUUCAUUAAUUUAUUGUAAUCCAGCUGCAUUCUGUUUUGCAUUAAUUGCCAGAAAUUUAAUCAUCAGAAGAUUAAACAUGAGUAGCAUUUCCCACUGGUACCAUCAUAUCCAAAAUGGUGACUGCCUCAAACACUGUAAGUACAAUUUCAUAUAUUUAGACUUGGAGAAAAAAGAAUUCACUAAAUAUUGCAUUUGUGCCCAAGUACACACUGCAUACAGUAUGGAAAAGUUUGUCAUGUUGAACACAGAGCACACUAGAAAUUAUCAUAAACGAACGAAGGUGUUAUUACCUUCUGACUGAAUUUGCUUUGAGCUGAGUACAAAGUGGGAGACGCUAUUCUCAGUUUAAUGACUUUGAGAGUACUGCAGCAUAUUAAGUACUUAAUUGGCAUAGUUUGUUCUAUGGGUAACUGUGCAAUAGACAAUUUAAAUAUUUAUGGGAUUGCAGUAAAGGAGGAUUGUGGCAGUUUGCUAAAGUAUAGUGACUGAUAAUUCCAUCCAGCUAACAUAAUUUUUAGGCCCAUGAUUAUUUAUGUUGGGUUUAGAUGUUUUACUAAAUUCUGGGAAAACAUUUUACUUCGAAACAUUAAUCAUUGCAUUUUGUGGUUCAGAAAUCUUCAGGAAAUUCCCAUAAUUUUGGAAAAAAAAAAAAUAGACAUUUUAGUGGUUAUAGAUCAUACUUUCUAUUGUAUUUGGAAUCUCAGGUCAGAAUUCAGUUUUUAUUUUUAUUUCCAUUUUUUAUAAUAGUUUUGAAAAAAUUUUCAGGUUUCAAGAUUUGUAUCUUAUAAACAUACUUUUUGAAACAGGAGGUUAAGAUUUACCUUAUGAACAGCAGAUUUACUAAGUCUCAUCAUUUUAGCUAUUUACGUACCAUUUAGCUACACUAGUGUCAAGAAGAGAAUGCAGAAAGUGUUGAUUGAAAUCCUAGGAACUUUUAUAUCCUGAUGAAGUUUUGUGAUUUGGUAUGAGGCAAUGUGUGUUAUGGAUAUUUUACUGUUAGUAAAGUUUUAUAUUGUGUAAAUAUUUACAAUAGACUAUCCUCAACAUAGAUUGACUUUUUUUUUUUUUGAAGUACGUACGUAUUGAGUAUUCUGUUCAAUAACCUUAAUUAAAAUACCAAAGACUCUUAAACUUGGUGACAAAUGUUAUGAAUUAUUUGGAAACUUUUUUAACACUUUCUAUUAGUUAUCUCUAUGUGGGGGAUGGUUUUUUGUACAUAUUGAGAAGGUAGAUGUAAUCAUCUUGACGUAAGGAAAUUGUGUACUGAAGGUGUAACCCUCACACGUGCCUAUUUAGUAAACCGAUAUACAUGCGUAGGUGUACUUGUCAUUUAUCAGUGUAUGAUGAAAUGGUUUAUAUAAUGCUUCUUUCGUUGAAGAAAGAUAGGUACUAAAAGUAUUAGUGUAUCCUGAGGCAAGAUGGUUUUAUCGUAAACAUUCCUAGUAGCCAGUUAAUGUUAAAUAUUUGGUUUAAUUAUGCAAUCAAUGAGAGAGAAACAUAUAUAUUUAAUGAUACUGGUUGAUUUUCAUGAGUUUAAAUUUGUAAAGGAAAUUGUCCAUGAUAAGAAAUAUUUAAGUAGUAUAGGAAGGUGAGUAAAAUUGUUGUGCCAUGAAAAUUUUUGAUGCAGGUUAGUCAUAUUAUGACCGUACUCCACAAGAAGUCAGUUUAUUAUCUUUCAUAUCGUUCACAAAAAUAUUUUCCUGUAGGCAAUUUUAAUGUGGUGUGAUAUAUGGAUUGUGUCAGUGUUGUAUAGUACUGAUGGGUGUAUGUUACUGUGUGCCCCCUUUACAUUGGUCUCUAUUGUGGCCUACAACUCGACCUGCAUCUCCAUAUUUCCUCGAGAAUGCCUCUUUGAUGAUAUCAUUAAAGGCUUGCGUGGAAAGGUUGCAGGCCAUUAGAAUAUAAUAAUACAGUAAAUAAGAAAGAUCUGAUGAUGAUGAUGCAUUGCAGGUUAUUAUUACUCCUCAAGCUGCAACUUAUUCAAUCUUUGUAACAUGUUGAAUUCUAUUAGUCUGUAUUCAGAUCAGUUGUAUACUGUAGUUGAAUGCACUUUAGCAUACAGGUUAUAAUGAUUGAUUAUAUGUUGUAAACUUGUUCUCUUGCUGUCGUGUGUAUGUGUGCGUGUGUGUGUAUACAUGACAGUGAGGUCUUCAGCCAUAACUCACUGGUCCUGUCUGUCUUUCAACUAAACUGAUUGGGCAUUAAAGAUCAAACACCUGCUGCUUCAUUUCUUGUGAUCUUUGUAUGGAUCGUCAAAUGUACGCCUCAUAACUAGGGAUAGAAACAUCAUUACGAUUACAAUAAAUUUUUUGUCAAUCUUUGAUACUGUAUCAUAUGAUUAAGACAUUGGAUAUCUGUUCCAGAAUCCAAGCUAUAAUAUAAUCUUGAUAAAAGAAAACAUGCUUGAAAGGAUUGUAUUUUCAGUUUUAGCAAACCAGUCAAAUCUAUUUUGUAUUUUGCAUAAUGACCUUUUUAGUAAAGUUUCCACAAAUGCCUACAUUUAGUUUCUCCAGUAAGGAUCAUAGAUAUUUUCUUAAAGGUAAGUGGUAAGAUGUACAGAAAGUUUGAGCAGUUAUUAUUGAACUCACCAUGGAUAAACUGUAUUGUUAACUUGUGGAGCUUUAUUUAAUAUUUUUGUAAAAUAACUUGAAACAUUUGGGCAGGUCUGAUUAUUGUGUUGUGCAUGUAUCAAGAAAUUCUUAUUAUAUGGUUACAAGUCUUG